UUAAACUCGAUCGGAUAUGUUGUUGAUAACGAAAACAAAUCCAGCUAAAAUGAAUUUUACUUUAUUGUUCGUUCUGUUUUUAACAUCAUCAUCAUUAUUUCAUUUUGAUUUAGUUGCUUCAUUUAUUUCCAAUUCGGAAUUAUCUAGCCAAACUGUAGAUACAUGGCAAAAACGAAACGAUAUUGAUGAUUCAUCAUCAUCAUCAUCAUCGAUAAUAUGGUUGAAAAAAUGUCGUACAAUGGAAACAAUGAUCGAAAUGAGUAAAGAUGAAAUUGGUUCGAAUGGUGAAUUAAUUCGCCGAUGUCAUGGUCAAGCAUUGGUUAGCAAAUGUGAAGGUGCAUGUGUUUCUAAUUUACGACCAUCGAUUCAAACACCAACCGGUCUGCUUAAGGUAUUGUCGUCGAAGGAAUGUAAUUGUUGCCGUGAAACAUCAAUGCAAACUAAACGUAUUAUAUUGGAUAAUUGUUUUGAUCAGGAUGGCAAUGAAUUGAUUGGAGAAAAAUUAAUCAUUACUGUUAAUGAACCAAGACAUUGUGCUUGUUUUCAAUGUACUAAUUAACCGCACACACACAAAACAAAAAAAUCAUGACAUCCACCACCCAACAAGCAACAAACACCAUCAACCAUUCCAAUGAAUUAU